AAACGUAAAAGAUGUAAGCUUGACUAGCGCCAAGAAACCGAAACUUUUAUAAAACUUAUGACACAAUAGACGCGGGUACAUCUGUUGCUAUGACUUAGUACUGCUGAGGCUGUAUAACCGCCGCCCCUGAGUCAAGGAUAAGUUUGCUCUCUCUCUCUGUAAGGACCCGCAAGCUUUCUUCAUCAGGAUCAUGUUUCUAACUACCACUUUCUUUUCGUCACGUGAUCUACCAAGACGAGUCGGCAGUGUGGGGAGUUAUUCCUUGUGUGCAGGAAGCCAGCGCCGGGCUGACGGUAAUCGUUAUAUUGGUGAUAGCAGAGGCGAGUCGGAUUGACCGGAGGGUCAGCGUUGAGACGGACGGCGGACAGGAGGCGGGAGAUUCAGGUCAAUAAACCCAGUCUCCACGGGAGGCAGGUGAGGGCCCGUGGCGCGAGGGUGGAGGGAGAGAGGAGUUGGGAGCUUGAGCCGGGCAUCUCGACAUUGUGAGAUACACGGAAGUAUAAGCGAAGUUCUUCAGACAGGUGGCGGGUUGUGUCGGCAAGGCAUGCUCGUAUCGGAUAAUUUGAAACAAGAUUCAUCCCUCGCGUGUAAACACAAGGACUGACGAAGAUCGCCACAACUGAGUGAUAUUAUGUUGUCGUGUUGAAUGGCGCUGUUCAUGUUGUUGUAAUGUGAUGCUCCCUACCUGGUCACAACACGCUCGUUACGUGGGUUAUUGGACAAGCGCCCAGCGGUCGUAACGCCGUACACAGGUGUUCAGCAAGUUUCUUCAGCGGACUCAAUUCCGCCGUGUAAUGUUUUUUGUUUUUUUAUAUGGAGAUUCCAUGACGUGUGACCACUGUGAAGGAUAAUAAUAGUCUGUGACAGUUCCGUGACGUGGGUUGGUGAGGAUACCGUCGACGAUGUCGUAUGUCCAGGUACAGCCGAGAUGCUACAGGGGGCAGGACUGGAUUCUACCUCACAAGGUCCUUGUGGCAAUCCUGUCUCUGUCUCUCAUCCUCCUGCUCCUGGGAAUCAUCUUACUGGCCGUUGGCUUUUCAUCGGUGGGCGGGGUCUUUGUGGGCCUGGGUGGGUGUGGCCUGAUGGUGCUCCUCCUCCUCUGCAUCCACGCCUACUGCUGCCGGUACUCCCAGGACGUGUUUACCCAGACUUGGAUGGGGGGAGAGGUUGAUGUGGAGGAGAUCCCCAGCUACGCCGUCAUCCAGAAACCAUCAUCCCUUAAGAGGUCUGACUCGGGUUCCAAGCGAAAUGGCCGCACUCUUGAAAAACAUGUCACCCUAUCACCGGAUACGGAACUGAGAGAAGGUUCGGGUCACGUGACAAUAGCGCCCUCUGGCGGUUCACCACGCAUGGAUACCGUGCACCAGAUACCAAUCCAGCACUCUAGCCAAUCUCACAUGUACAGCCAGCAGAACAGCUUCGCGGGCCAGACACCAAUAUACAAGCCAUCGGGUCCAGGAUAUAUCCCGCCCGUGCAGCACCCCCUUGGGCCCCCUUUCGCCCCUCCCUCCCCCACCCCACAGUACCCAAUCCAGGUAUACCCCAUGAGGGGCACCUCCUCCACGUCCUCGUCAAUCAGGUAUGGUUUUGACGACGACUACGACAACCCAGCAGAGUCAACACCGAUGUUGUCCACCCACACUGGAACUUCCUCUUCUUCCUCCUACCAUACUCAGAUGAGAUCUUCUUCCAGCUCGCAACAAUCCUCUGCCAUUCAUACCAAAGGAGGAGCCCGAACCGAAGACAUUGAUAUUCCCGAGCCCCAACCCCUCGUGUACCCCUCGGCCAAGCGACCUAUGACCUUCGAGCAGACGUCCUCAUCCAAGAUGAGCGUCUAUGACAACGUAUUGUCAGCCUACCCAGAGGAAAGCGCGGCUUAAUCACGUGACUGAUUGGCCUGUCGGGUUUAUACAAAAGACGAUCUCAAUUGAAGGUUCAGUUCGGAUUAGGAAAUCCGAUGAGGAAUUUGCAACGUUGCAAGUGCUGGGUGUGUGUUAAAACUAAGAUCAAGAAACGAAAUUGAUGAAGUCCACAAUUCCCACGAAACGAGAAAAUCUGAUUCUGAAAUGAAUCAUUUACAUCAAGUGAUGCGUAUGUGAUGUUGAUAAACUGAAACAUCAAUAUAUAUCACUAUAUAUCAGAAACCACAGGGUAUUUUCCACACCAUGCCGUGCUGUCAACAAUAAAAAUGAUACGAGCGUGUCAGGAAGUGACGUCGAUUUAACGUUUAAACGCCUUGAUUGAAUGUGCUCGUUCGAAUGACGCUUCCAAAUGUUGGAUUUUAUUAAUAUUGGAAUAUUUUUGUGACGGAGAUGCUCUUUUUAAAUUCUCCAUUUACGCAUGUGUAAAGGAGCGCGUGUAUCCUCGAAGUCACAAGACCAGAGGAAGACGAAUUAUCCACACAAAAAAGAAAAAAUGUCAUUCUGAAACAACCAGCAUGUGCAUUGCGCAUGUCAGGAUGUGAUGUCAUCGCGUGAGUGUGUCCCUAAUCCUGCCAUCUUGCCAAAGCAAUAUUCCAACGAAGGAUAUUGUGUUACAAUGCAUUGUCUCAAGCUAACAUUCAUCCUUAUAUAGAUUUGAGCAGUUGAAGUUUAAUUUGUUGAAUUUAUUCUGUUACAAUGUUUGUUUUGUUUCAAUAUCCAGUUUGUAUAUUUCGUCACAGCGCCACAGGGUACAUCGUAUGUCGUGAGGAGCGUACGAUGUGUCCAAGAUAGGGGAAUAUGCCAGAUUUACCCAUAGUAAAUGUAUGGGUAUGGGCAAAGCCCACCAAGCCUCCCAGACCCCAGAGAAUGAAAUAAAAACGAAUCCAACUCAAGUAUAGAAUAAUUUGGCAAGUCAAGAUUGCCUAAACUCCAGAAAUUAAGCAAGCUUGUUGGUUCUAAUAGGAUUCUAUUUUUUAGAUUUUAGAUAAUAUAUUUUUGAAUAGCUUUAUUUCUAGGUCUAUAUUAGUCUAGGGAAAAGCCAUCUGGCUAUUAUUGCCUUGUGGUGACCCAAUUUCAACGUACAACUAUAGUGUUACGUUAUUUCAUAUGAUUACUUAAUAAACGUUUCCACUAGUGAGUGAGUGAGUUGGGUUUAACGCCGCUUUUAACAUUAUUCCAGUUAUAUCACGGCGUGUGAGUUUAAUGGGAGGAAAGCAAGAAGUGAUGCAGGUCUCAGACGUUUACCACUUCGGUGAAAACCACGAGCACGGGUAUGGUGCUGACAAACCUAGAAACAUAAUCGGGGCGAACCGGGAUUCGAACCCACAAUCAUAGGUUUCUGGCGUCCCCAAGGGACGCAACUCUGCACAGCGAAUCGCGGCGCCUUGGACGACUGGACCCCCGUGACCCCCAGGUUUCCACUAACAAAUGCAGACAUGUUUGGUGAGCAAUCUGGCAUAUCGCCCUUUCAUGGAUAGAUGUUUUGAUGUAACAAACUUCAAUGGGCAAUGGAACAGAAUUAUCUGAAAUAAAUCUCAAAUGCCACUAUCAUGUAUACCACUACGGAUAUAACGAACAAACGGUAUCAGUGAGUUUCGCUUAAAUCGAACUUCGAUGUACACGUAAUGAUAAAUUCGUCUUAUAAGAACUUCGCUGUACACGUUUUGAUAACUUGGACAUUUAAAAACCUCGCUUUGAAAACGAUGGUAAGUUCGUUAUAUCCGAACUUCGCGGUAUAUAUGGUGAUGCUUUGUAUAUAUCAGCA